UUUUGGAAUACAAUAUACGCACUCGUGUGACAAAAUAUCAUGAAAAUCCAUCCACGGCUUCCCGAGGCAUACCGUCUUCUAAACAAACACCACACAGACGGCAACGAAAACAGAGACAUCUUGACGAAGGUAGUGAUACGGCUCCCGUAUCUUGUUUCCCACGCGGCUUACACUGCGUUAUCAAACCGCUUGUGUCUACCAGACCUCCCGUCGAGUUGAGAAGGUUGUCGAAAUCGGCUCAAAUAGGGACACAUUUUUAAGGGUAAUGAGCUUAAUGUUCAAUUGGAGAUUCCAAAUGGUAACUCUUCUGGCAUGUUAUACUAACGAUCGCUGUUACUAGUACAUCCUGGGUAUUUGUAAUUCUACGACUGAUACAUAUCAUAACGUUAGCUGAUUACAUUACAAGUUAAUAUUUACAUUAGCAGAUCAAGUUACAAGUUUAUGUAAAUCAGCCUUUUGUCUCCCACCUCUUUCCGUCUGCCAGUGCCUUACCGUGCAACGAACGCUCGUAUCAAACCCACCUUGUCAACGUCUAUUUCUUUUCCGGCAACCCUAGAGUCUGACAGAGACUACCACACCAACAUGAUGACGCUCCCAGUACGUUUUCCGUUCACUACCCUGGACAUGUCCACCCUACUGGUCUUUAUUGUCACCUUCUUCUUAGCUGUAAGGUUUCUGAUCAAGGUAAAGAGACCCGGGAACCGGCCUCCAUCGGCACCUGGAGGGUGGCCCCUGCUGAACCACGCGCCACAGCUCUUUAAGCAAGGUUUACAUCUCCAACUUGACAUGUGGGCCAAGGAACUUGGUGACGUUUACUCAUUCAAGGCUAUGAGUGAUGAAUACUAUGCUGUGAGUGGAUACACGGCUAUCAAGGAACUUGUGGAGAAUGAUGUGUUUUCUACACGGACGGAUGGAUCGAUUUCGCCCGCUGUCGGUGGUGAUCAGGACAUCAUACUGGCGCCUUACGGAGUCUUUAAGGAACGACGAAGGUUUGCAACCAGUGUGCUCCGGCGACUGGGCAUGAAGAUGGGCCGAGGGAGCAUACAAGAUCAAAUUCAAGAGGAGGCGAGUUAUAUUUGUGCCAAGAUCUCCGGCUACAGCGAGCAGGCAUUUGACAUCUCAGCCGACGUGACAACAGCCACAGGAAACAUCAUUUGCACCCUGGUCUUCGGGAAGCGGUUUGACUACGGGGAUACCGGAUUCCAACAUCUGCAGACGACAAUGAAGGGCCUUGGUGCUGAGAUGGUCAAAUGGCACUUACCUUUCUUCACUUUCAUUCCUAUAGUUCAAGAUCCAAAUGCAGGAGUACUCUUCCAUGCCAAGAACCUGCAACAGUUCAUCCAAGAAGAAAUAGAUCGACACCGUCUGAAUCUGGACCCGGAGCAUCCACGAGACUUCAUAGACUACUGUCUGCUCCAGCUGGCCCAGCAGGAUGGGAGCGGUAUAUGGAUGAACAAAGACAACGUGGUGUACAUUCUUCAGGACCUCUUCAUUGCUGGGACGGACACCACGGCUGCAACACUGACGUGGGCCCUGCUCUACAUGAUCCUCUACCCGGAUGUACAGCAAAAGGUCCAGGCUGAACUUGACAGUGUACUUGGCGCCACCAAGCCGAGUCUGGCACACAGAUACCAGCUGCCCUUCACCAUCGCCACCAUCAUGGAGGCGCAGCGGAUCCGCCACAUCGGACCUGUGCUCUUCGUUCGCCGGGCAGCCAAGCCAACCCGCUUCCGCGGUUACGACAUCGCGGAGGGAGCAGCUAUGGUUCCGAACCUGAGGUCCGUCCACAUGGACCCUGCAGUCUGGCCCAACCCGGAUUUGUUCGACCCCAGCCGGUUCCUGGAUGCGGACGGCAAGGUGGUGAACAACCCACCGUCGUUCUUACCAUUCUCUACAGGCCGUAGGAACUGUCUAGGCGAGAAGCUGGCGAAGAUGGAACUGUUCCUCCUGUUUUCUACCAUCCUGCAGCACUUUACACUGAAGCUGCCAGAGGGCGCCCCUACACCUUCCACCGAAGGGACCUUCAAAUCACUGAGCAUGGGGCCUGCACCUUUCCAAGUUUGUGCCGUGCCCCGCUGACAUGUAACGGUUAUGACGUCGUGAUUCCCGUGAUAUCAGUGAUUCAGAGAGGAUAGAGAAGACGAAGAUUGUGUUUUAUUAUCAUAUAAAAUGAAAGGAAGAAGGAACAAAGCAAAAGUCCCCGAUCGUGUCAUAUAUUUAAACUUCUUUUUGAAAAUGGUUAACUUCCAAGUUUUCAUUUCCACGGUAUGGUAACAUUUUAGCCCAAAAUGGAACAUGUCAUAGAGAACAAAACCCUCAUGUGACUGAUGUGAAAUGGUUUACAGUCAAUCAUCGGGAAACUACGUGCUGAGUUUUACAGUUGCAGUUGCUAUUGUCUGACGUUUAACCUGUUCCGUCGAUAUCAUUGAUAUAAUUUGUGAUAUCUAUAGUCAUUACGUAAGAUGUGAUUAAUUGAUAGUGCCUUAUCAUCGUAUCAGCUGACGUUUGUAUAUAAAGGCCUUUAUGUUAAAACAUAAGAUAUUAUAUCAUAACCACAUGUUUAUAUUCAAUAUCAUAAAUAGUGUAGAUCUAUCAUAUAAUAUCAUCAUAUCAUGUUAUACAUAUAUUUUUAAGAUAUUAUAUUACUUAUAUGGAUUUUUCGUAUGGCAUUUUCUGCUACAUGACAACCAUUCUAUGUCGUAUGUGCUAUGAAAAUGUGCUUUUUCAUGUAGUAAUUGGUUCAGUUUCUAACAUUUAGACAUUUUAAAAGUUUUUUGUUGAUCAGUGUUCGUAUGAAAUUCUGUUAGAGUCAUAACUGUAGCGGUAGUCUUUGUUUAUAAAAAAAAUCUUCAAAAUAACGAAGUUUCGCAACUGCCAUCUUACUCAUGUAUCUUUAAGUUGAUAGAACGGUUGAAGCUUUUUUAUAUUGUUAACGAUUCCGUCGCAGUGUAGUAGUCGACCAAAGAACAUGUUAUGAUUUAUGACUUUUCUACGUUGUUCUUGGCUGAACGCUCGAGUCUGGGAUCCACUGAGGUCUGCGGAAAUAUAGGGCAGUGAUAAACCUUGUCAGGAAGGAUUAUACCAAACGUCAUAUGUAGUCCUGUAGGAACAGGUGAAUUUCACGCCACCUCUGUGACACGAGACACAACAAUGGUGUCUGAUGUAGACUACAGCCUGGCAUCCCUGUCAGCCCGGCGGAGACACAGACAGACCACAUGGUUGCGUGUUGCCGCACACCUUGAACAUUGUGUCCGGACAGACUGGCCCCGCAUCUACCCCUCUCCUUGGGGACGGGGAGCCCCCAUCGCCGGCCACUGCCCGGGGCGGACAGCGUGCACGCGCCGCCGGGACAUAAUGAAGAUGCACAAAGAAGAUACCGUCAUUUAUUACCGUCCCUGCACCAUGCUGUAGCAAAAAAACUGUUUGCCUUUCUGUGGGGCGUGGAUGCGGGUAUAGAACAAUAGGACCAACAGGAUUCCGCAAGCUCUACAAAUGACACCGUGUUGAGCGCACGUGUUCCCUAAUCUCCGCACGACACAAAAGGCGAUCGCGAACGGACUGUAAAACUUUGAUCCGAAAAUCCGAACAUCCUUUCCUAAGCACAAGUAGUGCGUCAGUUUCACAGAUCCUCUGAGACCAGGGAUAACGUUUUAUAUGAAACCCACAUGUACAGUUUACGCCAUCCACUUCUUUACGUUGUUGGUUGUGGUCUAUCGCCACAAACGAAAAGUCUCGGCAAAACUUUGUUUAUCUUUUAAAUCCUAUCUUCACGACACGACAUGUACAGUAGUAUAAGCUUCUCAACUGUCCGAUAGAAGUGUUAGAUGGUGUUGCUUUUUGGAGGGGUGAACGGGGAUAGCGAAUCUUUGUAUGAACAUUGCCCAAUGUCAUAAGCUAUGUUAUGUUAAACUAAGUGAACAUAAAGGUAGUUCCGUAAAACCUGUUGUGUAUAAAUAAAAGAUAACAAUGUCUGCUGAGUACAGAUUAUUCGAGACCAUCAUUGUCCACUGGCGAAUGCAGCACUCCGUAGUACAUUAUACGACUGAC